AUUGCAUCACCAAAGAUAAAAGAGAUAGACAUCGGGAGCGCCUUGAGGAAGACGGAUCGAAUCUGUGAAAUUCCUCAAGUUGACCGAAACAUAAUUUGAUCAAAAGUAUGGAGUAAUAGGGGAAACAUUUUACAUUUUGCGGAGCUUCACGAGGAAACCUUCGCGUGGUCCCAAGAGAAAAAUAAGGCUCUCCACUCACAUUUCUCCGCUCUCCGCCGACUGCCGUCAUCGAUCGAUGCCUUACACUGUACAACGCAGUGCACUCCCCCUCCUGAUUCGAAUCACUCGCUAGUCGAUGCAGCGACGACAUCGCCUCUGGGCGUCGCACCAUGGCGGCUGUCAAUCGGAAUAUGUUUGACGCCAGCGUUACAACAGAUCGACCGCGCGGAGCGUCGCUGAUGGUUCUACCGUUGAAUCUGAUCGCGUUCAUUAUCUCCCACUUAGAAGAUCCUGGCGAUCUUGCUCGUCUAUGUCGAACAUGUCGAGUCCUCAACUACAUGACGCUCCCGCAGCUCUACAAGAGCAUUAUCCUGACAUCCUACGAUAGGAUCCGAUACCGUGGGGAUCAGCCGGAAGGGAUGGGAAGCGCAAGCCCCUUCUCAAUGGGUCUUAACGCUAUCAUCACCCGUCCGUACGCAUCACUGGUUCGGUCGCUGACGCUUCGGGGAAGCUGGCGGGAGUCGGAGCUGGAAGAGCAUGCGCGCAUCGGUCGGGUGACAGAUUCUUCCAUGAUGCUGAAUAUUGUGGUGCGGGCAGCCAUCGACAAGAUGAACGAGUUAGAAAGCUUUAGCUGGGAGCUCGAUACCAAGAUGUUGGAAACCGUCUACCUCGGGCUGGCGCAACAACCUAAGCUGACUUCGCUGACUAUACGGUUCCCCUCGAGCCGUCACCCUCGACCAACGAUCAUCAUACCCGCAAUGCCUCAUUUACGGCGCUUGAAAAUCACCGAUAUUGACCCUCUCUGCUACCCAGACGACAUUUCAACUCUGCUUUGGAAGUGUAAGAAGCUGCAAGAACUCAAUCUGCACUGGUCACCUCGAAUGAGAGAAGAGCAAGAGCCCAGCGUCAUGGUCCAUGACUACUUCCGCAAAUGCAUAUCGGCAAAGCAACCUCUUCGAGUCAAGAAGAUAGGGCUUCAGAAUUUGUACGCUCUUCAUACUGAAGAGUUCAAUCUUGCGUUCGAUCAGACCAUGGUUGAAGAUGUCACCAUCCUUACCGAUGCCAAAUCAGACGACUACAACUUCAUGAAUACGUUUGUUGACAGUACCUGGCCGAUUUCUCCGCCUCAUGUCGUCCGGAUCAAGGGCAUUAGACAAGAUCGUUUCACUAGGAGGCAUGCGGACUUCCUAGGGAAUUUUACUGGAUUAGAAAGAUUGUAUUUUGUCAAUGCCACGCCCAAUCCAAACGAUAUGAGAUCCCCCAGGCACUUGGAAUACCCGGCCCCAACUCCACCUAUGGUGGACCAUAAUACGCACAAUCCAGGCAGUGCUCCAGCCUAUACCCCCGCCACCACACCCUCCUGUUCUCCCGGAUUGCAGGCCGGCAUCCGUGAUGCAUACCUCAAUAAUAUAAUCGUAAACCACGCCGCAACUCUACGGCAUCUCUUGCUCCCUUCUUACUGGCCGCUCUCAUCAAAUACGAUUGCACGCAUCGUUCACUCUAGCCCGCAACUUGAGCAGCUCGCUUUUGCAACAGAAUUUUCCAGCAUGGAGACACUAGGGCUACUGCUCCCAUUCCUCCGUAAACUGGUUGCUGUGCGCCUUCUAGUCCCAACCGGUGCUACGUCGUCGCCGCAGACUCCACGGCCACCGAAAGCGAGCUUGGGACGCUUAUCGUCAUGUCCGGCGGAAGAUGUAUUUACAUCCGCGUUAUCUCUUGCAGAUAUCGUGGAAGCCAACGACGACAUGCUCAUCGAAAAGUUCUCUGAAUCACUGGCGGAUCCACAGGUAUUCAGCCAGUUGAGGUUUUUUGGUUUCGGUUGGAAAGCAUUCGAGCUGUUAGACUACUAUACAAUUUCCGCUGUCCCUCCCGCUGAGCGUACCGUCGAAUCGCAAUCACAAUCCCCGGCCGAUUUAGUGAGCGAGGAGGUCAAUGGGUUCCGAGAGCCUUGCCAAAAUGGAUUGUCGCAGAAAGACGACGGAACAAGCGCCUCUAGUAUCUUGACUCCAGCCCCGGUUUGUCAAACCCCGCCCACAGGGCCAGCACUGAGGACAAGCCAAGCUCCUUCACUGUUAGGCAAACGAAGGCGAGAGUAUGAGCUGAACCCAGGAGCACCACCUAAGAAGAGCAUGUCGAGCGAAAACCCCAUAGAACUAUCGGAAUUCAACCCUUGCCUACCAACAACGCUCACGAAUGGUCGUGUAUGGAGACGACGGGUGCGACGAGUGGGCUGGGAUGUUGUGAAACGCUACGAGAUAUGGGGCUUGGACACGCAAGAAUUAUGAACACUGUAUCGUCACGGACGACUUUCGAACUGCACAUAUAUGCUUUAGGGUUCCAGGAUGGGAGGGGGCGUUGGUUGUUUUCGUUCGUCCCUGGUUUUUUAUAUGGGAUGGGGUGAGUACUUUCAUACGGGUUCUUAUUGCACAGGGGGCUAACAGCCCAUUUUGCAGGUUAAUCUUGUGCAUAUAUUAAGGCUAUAUAACUCUACAUAUUUUGGUCCGCGGAGCAUAGUCGGUGUUUGGGACACGGCUGUUUCUCAUCCGGGCUUCCUGCUACUGUCUGUCCAGGUUCUCGGUUUCGAUUUCUUCAUCUUUUUAAAGAUAUCCCUGUUCCGUACAUCUACUGUACAUUUAAAGGACAUAACUCCACUAUUACAAUUAGAUAUAAGGAUGUGUGAAAUUAAUACUGAAAAUAACAGCUACUGAGGCUAUA